GAUGGAGCUGCUGACUGGAGAGGUUCCUGUAAGGUGUCAGGAUGUGGCGGUCUAUUUCUCCAUGGAGGAGUGGGAGUAUAUAGAAGGACACAAGGAUCUGUACAAGGAGGCCAUGAUGGAGGCUCCCCGGCCUCUGACAUCACCAGAUGGAUCCAGGAGGAGAAAUCCCCCCGAGAGAUGUCCCCGUCCUCUGUAUUCCCAGGACUGUCCAGAGGAGAAGCUCCCAGAGAACCAUCAGGUAGAUGGAGCUGAAGUCUCCCCAGAAUCUGACCAGAAAGGGAUUGAACCGAAGAUUGUUUUACAUUUUUUCUUGUUAAGGAUGAAAAUCUGAUUGAUAUUAAGGUUGAGGUUAAAGAUGAAGCAGAAAAG